AUGCGGGCGGCUCUGGGGCUGGCGGUUCUGCUGCCGGUGCUGCUGGGAGGAGCGGCCCAGGGGCGGCCCCGGGUCCGAACCUUCAGCAUCCCCAUCGCUGGCCUGCCCGAGGAGGUCCGGAUUUACACCGACGGCCGCGACGGAGGCGCGCAGUCCGAACUCGCGCAUCUGGAGCGCGACUGCUUCUAUGAGGGCUACGUGGAGGGUUUCCCAGGGUCACUCGUGGCACUCAGCACCUGCUCCGGGCUCAGUGGGAUCCUGCAGCUCGCCAACACCAGCUAUGGGAUCAAGCCUCUGGAGGCUGCAUCUGGGUAUCAGCACCUCGUCUAUCAGAUGGAGGGGGAGAACGUGGGCACGCAGCUGCUGGGAGGAAGCAGCUCCCUCGCCUGGGCUGCAGAGGUGUCCCUACAACCAUGGGAUGGAGCGGCGAAGGAAGCUGUUCCUAGGUCCCCUCGGUAUCUGGAGAUGCAUGUCAUUCUGGACAAAGCUCUGUACGACUACAUGGGAGCAGACAAAUACGUGGUGACAACGAAGAUGGUGCAGCUUUUCAGCUACGUGAACAGCAUGUUCACUCGCCUCAACCUGACCAUAGUGCUGACUUCCCUGGAGUUCUGGACAGAAAAGAACAAGAUCCCAACCACGGGAGCUGCUGAAGAGUUACUGCAGAGAUUUCUGGAGUGGAAAAGCACGCAUCGUACCUCACGGCUGCAGGACAUAACAUUCCUGUUUGUCUACAGGGAGCAGUCCCAUUCCAUGGGAGCAUCCUCUGCAAGGAAACUGUGCCUCAAGGACCGCGCUGGAGGAGUAGCCUUGUACCCUCGUGCCACAACGCUGGAGGUCUUCUCGGUGGCCGUGGCUCAGCUGCUUGGGCUCAGCUUGGGGAUGAGCUACGAUGACCCCGGGAGCUGUGGCUGUGUGGGAGCCACCUGCAUCAUGCAGAGCAGUGCAGUUCACUCAGCUGGCACCAAAGCCUUCAGCAACUGCAGCAUAAGAGACUUUGAGCGUUUUCUCACCUCUGGAGAAGGGCAGUGCCUCCUGAACAGGCCACUUGUGAACGUGUCCUACAAAGCUCCCGUGUGUGGCAACAAAGUGGUGGAGCUGGGAGAAGCCUGUGACUGUGGAUCAGCAGAGGAAUGCCGGCGUGAUCCGUGCUGCACCGUGGGCUGUAAGACAAGGAAAGGGGUGCAGUGCCUGUCGGGGCCGUGCUGCUCCAGGUGCAGGUUUAUGAAAAAAGGCACCCUGUGCAGAACUAGCUCUGAGGAUGAAUGCGAGCUGAAGGAGUAUUGCAAUGGCACCUCUGGGGAGUGCGCACCCAACCUGUGGGUCAUGGAUGGGCAUCCCUGCAGGCAGAACACUGCCUUCUGCUACAGGGGAGUGUGCCAGACAGCCGACAAGCAGUGCCAGGAGAUCUUUGGCAAAGAUGCCAAAAACGGACCCUUGGCCUGCUAUGAGGAAGUCAAUGGCCAAAGGGACAGAAUGGGGCACUGCGGCUCUGAUCACAGUGGUUACCACAGCUGUGCCUGGAGUGAUCUCCGCUGCGGGAAGCUCAUCUGUGAGUACCUGGGCACUGUGCCCUUCACCAAGGAGAGGGCUGCAGUGGUUUACGUGCGGAUGCAGAACGUGCUGUGUGUCACACUGGACUACAUGCAGCCUCGUACAGAGAGGGACCCCAUGCUGGUGAGGGAUGGCAGCGUUUGUGACGACCGUAAGGUCUGCAUGGAACAGAAGUGUGUGUCUGCUGCUGCCUUGAACUACAGUUGUGACAUAAGGAGAAAAUGCCACGAUCACGGUGUGUGUGACAGCAAAGGGGAUUGCCAUUGUGAUGUUGGCUGGAAGCCCCCGGAUUGCCGGGAGAAAGCAGAGUCCCAGGGAGGUCCCAGUGGUGACCCCUGGAACAAGAGCUCGCUGAAGACAUGGCAGCUUCUCACCUUGUGUCUCAGUGUGCCCAUCCUCAUUGGGCUCAUCUUCGUGGUGAUAAAGAGAAAGGAGCUGAAGCAGUGUCUGUCCACAGAGCAGCCACAAGAAGAGAAGUUUGAGGAAAGCAUUGACGAGGAAAGGAGCACAGCGGAUGCAUAGCAGCAUAGCUGGAAAGGCCUUUAAGGAUAUUGCCAAAUUCAUGGGUGUUUGUGAUGAUCUUGUGAAUGGAGGCGGCAGCAGCAGCAGCAGCAUGGACCCCCGGGCAAGGGGCUGGAGUCUGUCUGAGGGACACUGAAAGGCUGUGUCCUUGUGUGUGUUGUUCAAUAAAAGGUGUUUCUGGUGCCUGA